UACGCUUCAGCACAUCCAUGAUCUAUACCUUCUGUUCCAGGAAAAAUGCUCAGCUAUAUAGCAUCUGUUUCAGUUGGCGCUUAUCGGUACGCAGGGGUAUAAAAUUUGAUGACAAAGUUGGGAAAGCACUUUUGUCGUUACAUCGUCGUAGACUAACAGCUGUCAAUUAUUCAUUCCUUCAAGAACAAGACUUUCUCACUGCCUGGCGUAAAGACACGAUGAGCACGGCGGUACACCUAUUCAUCCUUUCGCUUGCCUUUUCUGCAUUCUCAGCUCAGCGUACAACCACAUACACUCUUAAAGUAACUGAAGAUGUGACAUUGGAACGCGCCGGAAGCAAUUUCAACUACCUUCAAUUCUUACUUGUUGGCACUCACCCUGGAUUUCCUUUGAAAAGAAGUUUAAUGAAGUUCCAGAACAUUCCCGGACAGUGUAUCGUACCUUUGGAGGCAACUCUUCAUCUAUAUUUCGUGUAUGCACACAAGGCAAGCUACUUACGACAACUCCCUGAUGUAACCCGACGCAUUGUAGCCCACACUGUACUAAAAUCAUGGUCUGAGUCCCAAGCGACAAGCUCGAGAAGGAAAUAUUUUUGGAAUUGGGACGCGAGAUGGCUGAAUCUUGGCACAGAUGCAGACCCAGUUACACUCUCUUCUACUUUGGUGUCAGCGAAUCAAGGUCGCCAAUGGUUUACACUUGACGUGACAAAGCAAGUCAGCGAUUGGAAAUGUUCUGGUUCAAAUCAUGGAUUACUGUUACGAGAUACAAGAGAAAAUAUCCAAGGUCGUGACUUUCGAUUUGCAAGUAAUGCCUACCGGGAUCAGAGCAAACAUGCCUAUAUUACUGUGAAGUGCAUGGUUAAAUGAUGAACAAAUUUGCUUUAACUAAAUGGUCUAAUUACCUUCUUAAAUUGUAAACGAUGAUUACGAAAUAAAUAAACUUUUUUCUGCAUU